CGGCCGGGCGUUGGGAGGCAGGGCAAGGGUCCCCACCGCUGUGGAGGCUGCAGCUGCGGCCGCCCUUCGGGCGGCCCGCUCCCGCUCGCGACGUGCAAUAAGGUCUCCCAUUUGCUCUCCCGCGGCGAAGUUUAAGGGUGUGGAGGCUUUGCUGAAGAGCCCUUCGGGGUCCCAGGUGGUGCCUAGCAAAGUGGCUUCUGAUGCUGAAGGCAUGGAUGUGUCUGCAAGGGUGUCUGCGGCGAUUGCGCCCUCGGUGUUUGGGAAGGACGGUGACGCACAGCAGCGCCAUGCCGUGGGAACACUUUCCGCAAGCGACGUUAUCUCGCUUUCCACCGUUGCCUGCGGACUUAGCACGGGCCGCAACCAGCAUAACUCCCUCCGAGCAUUCACCAUCCGGCACUUGUUAAAGGAAAUCGUCAACGCCGACGACGAACGCUACAUGGCUGACGGGCACGACAUCUCAACGGUGACUGUUGUGGGAAAGGUGACCGCCUACCAGGAGGGGCCCACGCGAGUGAUACUUCAAGUGUACGACGGUACGGCCAGCAUAGAGGUUUGCAGCUGGGUGGACGACAUGGAUGCACAGGCCCAGAAGCGAGUCGAUUGGCAGGUCGGGAGGUACGUCCGCGUGUACGGCAACCUAAAGACAUUUGAAAGGAAACGCAGCAUUACCGCCUUCGCCGUGAAGCCGAUUACCGAUCACAACGAGGUGACGUACCACUUCCUCCAGAGCAUCAUGCAGCACCUGCAUCUGACCAAGGGAGCGCCGCCCGCGGGUCAGUCCACUGGUGGCGCGAUGCCGGCCGGCGGCAGGACUCCCGGUGGCGGCAGUUUGUACGGCGGCAUGUCGGGGGCGGGAGGCGGCGGCUACGGCGGCAUGGCGCAGGCAGGCUAUGGUGGCGGUGCUGCUGCCGCUUCUGGCCUUCCUGGCGGCGAUAUCGCCAUGGACCUAAAGCACGUGUACAACCAGCAGCGCGCGCUUUCUUCGACCCACGGCUUAGGCAUCGAGGAGGCGCUUCAGGAGCUGCGCAAUAUGGGGCGGAACUACAAUCUACAGCAAGUUGCUCAAGCGUGUGAGGUUUUGGCCGCGGAGGGUGUGCUGUACAGCACCAUUAACGACACGACCUACAAGUCAUGCUGCUGCGUGGCAAUAAUGCGGCCAAUGGUGCCUGUGCCGAAAGCAGCCGUAAUGCGCAGCUCGCAGCGUGCGCUGCUGGCAUUGCUGCUGGCAGCGUCACUGGCGGCGCCAACGCUGGCCGCUCGCCCCUCCGCUCUGCUGAUUAACACCGAUGACGGCUUGACUCGUCCAGACGACUGUCUUGACGAUGACGACUGCCGGCGCUCGGAAGUUUGUGUCAAUGGCGGUUGCUUAGCGGUGAAGGACGACGGUGAGUCGUGUCGUCAAGAUGAAGAGUGCCGCUCCGGAACCUGUCGGAGAAGCUGGUGGCCCACUGGCUCCGUUUGCGUCACCCCGUGCUCUGCUGACGAGGAUUGUCCCUCGAGGGCACCCUUCUGUAACACUUCUCCGUACAUGAGCCGAGUGCCGGGUGGUUCUCGCAGCAGUGACGGCGGCGCCGCCACUGCCGCCGCCAUGGCUGUCCUGACCAGGCCCAUCAGCACCACUGCUCUUGGUGAUGCUGCUGCUGCUGGUGGUGUUGCUGCUGACGAGGGGAUUGCGUUGAAGCGCGAUGACGAGGAUGACGAGGAUGAUGACGAAGACGAGGAUGACGAAGAUGAUGACGACGACGAGGAUGAUGAUGAUGAUGAUGAUGAUGACGACGAUGAUGAUGAUGAUGAUGAUGAUGAUGAUGAUGAUGAUGAUGAUGAUGAUGAUGAUGGUGACGAUGAUGACGAUGACGAUGAUGAUGAGGACGAGGACGAGGAUGAGGACGAUGGGGAUGAGGAGGGGGAUGGGCAUUAUAAAGGCCACGGUCGACAUGAGGUGGAGCGCCAUGAAGACCAUCACGGCCACCGCGGCUGGAAAGCCAGGAGGGCUGCUCUGGCUGAGGGGCCGACAGACGAUGCAGAAGACUCGGCCGGCAAAGAUGGCGACGAUCCGCAUGCUGAUGGCGGCCACGACCAAGACCAGGACCACGACCACGACCAUGACCAUGACCACGAUCACGAUCACGACCACGACGGUCCUCAGCCGGGCGACGCCGCGAGCGAUGUCAUUUCGACGGCUGGUGUCGAGACACAGACAUCGACAUCGACAUCGACACGCGAGGCACGCAGUGGCGGCAAAGAGACGAACGGUCGUUGUGUGCAGUGCAUGGAGGACAAGGACUGCGUGGAGGGCUAUUACUGCGACCGUGGCUUUCGGAAGACCGCCCACUCUUGUGUGGAGCUGGGCAAGGAGUGUUCGUCGUACGGCGACUGUAGCAUGGGCGAGUACUGCGAUUCCUCCAGCAAGCACUGCAAGCCGUACUUCUUGGGUGGGAUGGUCAAGCGUUUGGGCAAAAUUGCCACGAUUGAGGCUGAGUCCGUGGCGGUCAGCGCACGAGAGGCACGGCUGUGA